UGAAGGGGAAAAGCUGCAACAAGAAAUGAUUCUCAGAGGGGUGUGGCUUCUCAGUGAAUGUAUUGGAUUGACCUCCAUUCCUAAGAGAUGUCCUGCUACGACCUGUGCCCCACCAACAUCGGUGGCAUCAGCCGCCCCCAGCCCAUCGCUGACAGCGGGAAUGAGCCAUGCGUCCGACAGUGCCCUGACUCCACAGCUGUGAUCCAGCCACCUCCUGUUGUUGUCACCUUCCCUGGACCCAUCCUCAGCUCCUUCCCCCAAGAUUCAGUUGUGGGAUCCUCUGGAGCACCGGUCUUUGGGGGCUCCUCCCUGGGCUACAGAAGCUCCUCCCUGGGCUCUGGGGGCCUGUAUGGCUAUGGAGGCUCUUCCCUGGGCUCUGGGGGCCUGUAUGGCUAUGGAGGCUCUUCCCUGGGCUCUGGGGGCCUGUAUGGCUAUGGAGGCUCUUCCCUGGGCUCUGGGGGCCUGUAUGGCUAUGGUAGAUCCUAUGGUUCUGGCUAUUGCAGCCCUUACUCCUACCGGUACAACAGGUACCGCCGUGGCAGUUGCGGGCCCUGCUAAAUCAUGCAGGAAUAUUUCCCUCAUGGGAGCAAACCAGCAAAUGGGCAGUACUAUCCUGAUCUUCAGCUGAGCUCUUGAAUAAGGUGCCAAGCAUCAACAAUUUCUUGUUAAUGCAGUGGGGUCAGAAUAGCUCCUUAAAUCUCAUUUCUAAUUUUUUUUUUCUCCGUCACCUGUUUCAUUUCUUCUUCUUUGCCCUGUCAGUGGUCAGGCAUGUUCAAGUUCAUCCAUGUCCACAAAGGUUAUUUAUGGGCCCUGCUCUGGCUGCUGCAUGGGAGAAACCUGAAGAAACACCUUUCCUGAAGCCCUGGGGCCUUCUUCCCACCAGAGCCUGUUGUAUUUCUGUUCUUGUGUCCUUUACUGCCCAUA